AUGAGCGAUUACUUGGUAAAGGCGGUACUGGCUUUGUAUAUAAGUACCAACAACGAGAUUUUAAAACAGGGUGUGGAGCAAAGUGGGGAGAUAAUCGCAGUGAAGAGGCUUAUGCCAUCAAUGGUGGGCGCUCAGAGUUUAUUUGAGAAUGAGGUUCAUCAUCUUAUGAGGCUUAGGCACCCAAAUAUUGUGCGACUUACGGGCUAUUGCUAUGAAACAAAGAAAUUUAUUUUAGAAUACAAAGGGAAAAAUGUUUUUGGUGAGAGGCCAGAAAUGUUACUUUGCUUGGAGUAUCUCCCUAAAGGUAGCCUUGAUGGUUAUAUUUCAGAUGGAUCUUCCCAACUUGAUUGGCACACGUGCUACAAAAUAAUUGAGGGGAUUUGCAAUGGUUUGCACUACCUUCAUGAGCAAAUUGACAAGUCUGUUCUUCACUUGGACCUUAAGCCUGCGAACGUAUUGCUUGAUAACAAUUUGGCACCAAAACUUACAGAUUUUGGGCUGUCAAAACUGCUUGAUCAAUAUCAAACUAUGUUCACUCCAAAUCGUUUUGGUACAUUAGGCUACAUGGCACCAGAAUACAUCGAUGAAGGUACAAUCACACCUAAGACAGACAUAUUUAGUUUCGGUGUGAUAAUCAUGGAGCUAAUAACGGGACACAGGGACUACCCAAGUGUUGCUGGAACAUCUUCCGAUGGCUUUAUUGAGCUUGCACUUAAAAAAUGGAGAAACACACUGGAGAAAGCACAGGGGUACACAAAGAUAGAAGUAGAUUGCCAACAAAUAAAACGAUGCAUUCAAAUAGGUCUAAUCUGCGUUAAUCCUGAGUGCUCCAAAAGGCCUACAACAGCAAAAAUUAUCAAGAUGCUUAAAGGACUAGAAAUUUCAGAUUGUAGGAUUAGCAAUGAGGCAACGUCAUCAGCACAUCAGACUUCAAAUGGGGUUAGUGAACAAGGAAAACCACAUCCAAAAAAUACACUAUGUAUUGAGAUUUCGGAGGAAGCUGAUAGACAGGAUCUAGCAUUGGUCUCUCUUGCAAUUGCUGGUGACUGUCUAUGUGGAAACUUGAAGUUGUUGUACCUGAAAAACGGAGAACACAUUUCUCCACAGGCAUCCAUCGUCCGCAUCGUUGUCCCAGGCUCUCCCGCUGGUACUGAACUUCAUGUGGACCCCUACAUGCUCUCCAUGCGGAGUCCCUACCUUCGUGCGAUCUUUGCCCGCCACAACAAUCAUUAUGGUGCAUCUGGGGGCAGUGCGGAGGGCAACAGGAUGGACCUCCAAGAAUUUCUAGGCAAGGAAGUGAAGGUCGAGUAUGAUGCGCUGUUACUGGUACUCUUGUACCUGUACAGUGGCCGUGUCGGAGACCUUCCCGAGUCGGCGUACAUAUGUGCCGACGAGAACGGUUGUGCGCACCUCGGCUGCCACCCCACCGUCUCCUUCAAGGUGCAGGUUCUCUUUGUUGCCUUCACCUUCCAGGUCCCCGAGCUGACCAGCCUCUUCCAGCGGGAUCUCUUUGAUGUCCUUCAUAAGGUUGAAGUGGAUAACCUUCCACUGAUCUUGUCUGUUGCAAACUUAUGCAAAAAAUCUUGCCGGAAACUGCUCGAGAGAUGCCUUGAGAUGGUAGUCCAGUCAAAUCUUGACAUGAUUACUCUUGAGAAAGUAUUGCCUCCAGAUGUUGUUAAGCAAAUUACUGACUUACGGCUAAGUUUUGGAUUAGCUUCAUCCGAGGACAUGGGCUUUCCUAACAAACAUGUAAGAAGGAUACUCAGAGCUCUUGAUUCCAAUGAUGUGGAGCUAGUAAGGAUUCUGAUCAAGAAAGGGCAGACCAAUCUUGAUGAUGCAUUUGCGCUCCAUUAUGCUGUAGAACACUGUGACUCAAAAAUUACAACAGAACUUCUGGACAUCGCACUUGCAGAUGUUAGUCUCAGAAACCCAAGAGGUUACACUGUUCUUCACAUUGCCGCCAGACGGAAGGAUCCUAAAAUCAUUGUCUCCCUUUUAACCAAAGGUGCUCGGCCUUCCGAUUUUACACUUGAUGGAAGAAAAGCAGUUCAAAUCUCAAAGAGACUCACAAAACAUGGGGAUUAUUUUGGGAGUACUGAAGCAGGAAAGCCGUCUCCCAAGGAUAAAUUAUGCAUUAAGAUACUGGAGCAAGCUGAAAGAAGGGAUCCACAACUUGGAGAAGCGUCGGUUUCUCUUGCAUUGGCUGGUGACUGUCUUCUUGGGAAGUUAUUGUACCUUGAAAACCGAGAUACGCUCCUGAAGGUUUUCAGCGAGGACAAGGAGGAGUUUGCCAGAACGACAGCCCUUUCAUCUUCCUCAUCGUCGACGUCCCUCAGCAAGGAAUUUGACAGGUGCCGGCCAAUCGCACAGAGCAGUAUGAGUGUGCAGAUCUCCAUUCCCCAGUCCUUGCCUCUUCUUCUCCUUCUCUCCGGAUCUCUCUCACGGCGAUUUGGGGGCGGCGGCGCCAUGGUUCGGAGCUGGAGCGCGUCAGCGAGCUCUUCCUGGCCGCCUUCCUCUGACCCUGAGAGAGGGUCACAUGGAUCUUGUGACUGCUAUCACUGGAUAGAUGAAUAUUUGGAUCUUGUUUUGUGCCAUGGUUAUAAUAUUCCUGAAGAGGAGGUGGAGUACAUUGCAAUGAUUUCCAAGCCCUAUCUAGACAGGGAGAUGACAACCAAAGGAACGAAGCCAAACAUUCGUGCUAGUUUCAUAGAGAAAGAUAGCAGGGUAGAAAGUGUGGUCAAGAAGAUUAGCAACAUUCCUGGAAAUCAGAUGAGCCAGAUUGCUGAAGAUAUCAAGCUUCAGUUGGAUCUUGUUGUAGGCAUAGGUUGGAAGAUUCUGCUUGUUUGUACCAUGAUUCUUGCCGUGAACUUGUAUGCUGUUGUAAUGAAGUAG